UCUUUUUUCCUAUCCUAGCCAAGCUAGUUAUUAAAUGGUUAAUAUCAGUAAAUAGGAUGGCUACCUAAUAUUUUCACAAGGAUAAAUGAUCAGAACCACCCAUACUAUUACACCGUACGGAUGAUUCAGAGUACUCGAUUAACCCAUGGACUGGAAUUUCUGUAUCCGGGCAUGAUUUUUUAGACCACGUGCAUCCCCUUUUAAGCUUUAUGGAGAAAGACAAGUGCUCAUUUUCUGUAAAUGUAGAUUUCAAUAAUCUUAACUUUGUAAGCUCUGAAUGAAUUCAUGGCUUUUGUAUUACUUAAACAAUGGAUUUACAUUAUUUCUGCAAAAAGAGAAAAAUGGACGGACAUUAAACAUGAUUACGAAAGGCAAAUAAUAUUACUGGAAUCUUGUCUAUAUAUCAUGGCUUCCAUUUCCAUUGCGUAGCUUGUCAUCUUUAAUGGUGCCAUUGAGACCAUACCAAUAAUCCCAACUCACCAAAUUAAGUUUAUAACUACACCAUCAACGCAUUCCUUAUAUCUCUAGCCAACUCUUACAGGUUUUCAGUCUAAUCCCCAUCAUCCAUCCCCCUCCUGUUCUUUUGCCAUGGAGUUCUAUGGCACAAAUACUCUUCAUGACUUCAUGGAUGACGAAAGCAAUCCAACGCAAUCACCUCCUCGCCUUUCCAUUAGAGCUCACCUAGAUAUGUAUGAACAAGAUCUCCAAUUCAGCCCUGGAAGACCGUCUAGCCCCCGAGCGAGUGCCAACAUGCGCUCAAUGUUUCCGCCUGGUAGUCCUGAAUCACCAUGGACACUCUCUCCUCUUCAAACCCCGUCCCCUGCACUCCUCUACAACUGCAUCGCUUCUCUUCAUCGCCAGGAAGGCAAUAUCUAUUCGAUUGCACUCUCAAAAGGGUUAGUUUUCACUGGCUCAGAUAGCAAUCGUAUCCGGGCAUGGAGGCAGCCUGAUUGCAUCGAACGGGGAUAUAUCAAGGCAAGUUCUGGAGAAGUCCGGGCCAUUUUCGCUUAUGGUAACAUGCUUUUCACUACACAUAGAGACUGCAAGAUCAGAAUUUGGAACUACACGGUUUCAGAUAAUUUUAGAUUCAAAAAGAUCUCAACACUCCCAAAGAGAAGCUCAUUUCUUCUGUUUCCUAGGACAAGCAGCCAACAACACAAAGACUGUGUUUCUUGCAUGGCUUAUUACCAUGCCGAAGGGAUUUUGUACACUGGCUCAUAUGACAGAACAGUUAAGGCUUGGCGGCUUCUAGAUAAAAAAUGUGUAGACUCAUUUGUGGCUCAUGAAAGCAACGUCAAUGCAAUAGUGGUCAACCAAGAUGAUGGGUGUCUUUUUACUUGCUCCUCCGAUGGAUCAGUAAAGAUAUGGAGGAGAGUGUAUAGAGAAAACUCUCACAUUUUAACCAUGACACUGAAAUUCCAGCAAUCCCCUGUUAACGCCUUGGCCUUAAGCACAACAUUCAACAAUUGUUUUCUCUAUUCGGGUUCAUCUGAUGGCACCAUCAAUUUUUGGGAGAAGGAAAAAAUGUCCGGUAGGUUUAACCAUGGUGGAUUUUUACAUGGUCAUCGUUUUGCAGUUCUCUGCUUGGCGGCUAUAGAAAAGUUGGUAUUUAGUGGCUCAGAGGAUACAACGAUUAGGGUCUGGAAGAGAGAAGAAGGAAGUUGUUUUCAUGAAUGUUUGGCAGUGCUGGAUGGACAUCGAGGGCCUGUCAGAUGCUUGGCCGCUUCUUUGCAGAUGGAAAAAAUUGUCAUGGGAUUUUUGGUAUACAGCGCUAGUUUGGACCAAACUUUCAAGGUAUGGAGGGUCAAAGUGAUGCCCGAAGAGAAAAUCUGCUUAGAUUUUGCAGACCGAAAUGAUUCAAAAACAAGGACUAUGGAAUAUGAGAUGAGCCCUGUGUUGUCUCCGUCUUGGGUCGAGAAGAAGCGUCAAGGUAAUCAAUUCGAGUAA